UGGUUGACCAGUCCGGCUUGGGAAGAAUUUUGCAUGAAUCUGGAGGUUUUCCCUCCCGUAUCUGGCAAGGGGGUGGGGGGGCGCUCUCACCUUGCUCCAUUUCCGAUCACGACCGCUGCUGCCCUCGCAGGAGGCACCACGACGUGUCCGAGAUGCAGCAGGCCGUGCGAGUGAUGCGGGCCAUCCGCAUGCGGGAGUUCGGGCCGUCCUCCGUGCUGCGCCUGCAGACGGACGUUCCCGUUCCUUCGCCCAACGACAAAGAGGUGCUGAUCCGCGUGCGUGCGUGCGGCGUCAACCCCGUGGACACGUACAUACGCACGGGCACGCACACGCGCAGGCCCGAGCUGCCCUGGACCCCGGGGGGCGACGUUGCCGGCACGGUGGAGUCGGUGGGCCGCUCCAUCUCCUCCUUCAAGGCGGGCGACCGCGUAUACACGGCGCUGGCGGAGGGCGGCUACGCCGAGUUUGUGUGCGUGGCUCACGACCGCGUCUUCACGCUGCCGGCCCAGCUGGACUUCCCGCAGGGCGCCGCGCUGGGCGUGCCGUACUUCACCGCUUACCGCGCCCUCGUGCAAAAGGCCGCGACGAGACCGGGGGAGACGGUGCUCAUCCACGGAGCGAGCGGCGGGGUCGGCAUUGCGCUGUGCCAGAUGGCGCGCGCGCUGGGCACGCACGUGAUCGGCACGGCCGGGUCGCCCGAGGGACUAGAGCUGGUGGCCAAACACGGGGCCCACAGCACCUUCGACCACCGCGAGGAUGGAUACGUGGGCCGCAUACAGGAGCUGUACCCGCGCGGCGUGGACGUCGUCUUUGAGAUGCUGGCCAACGUCAACCUUCCCAGCGACCUCAAGCUGCUGGGGCAGAACGGCCGCGUGGUGAUCAUCGGUUGCCGUGGCGCCGUGGAGAUGAAUCCGCGUGAGACGCUGAUGCGCGAGCUGCACGUCAUGGGGGUCAGCCUCUUCAACUGCAACGCGGAGGAGCGCCGUGAGAGCGCCGCGGCGCUGCAGGCCGGCGUGGAGAGCGGCUGGCUGCGUCCCGCGGUGGGAACUCGCCUCCCGCUGGAGGAGGCGGCGCGCGCCCACGACGAGAUCGUCUCCGGCAGCCCCACGCUCGGCAAGAUGGUACUCACCAUGUGAACGCCGCGCUCGCUCGCCGGAACUCACCACAAGUCACCGGCACUCACCGGGACUCGCCGGCGCUCACCGGGGGCUCACUGACACUCACUGACACUCACCGACACUCACCGACGCUCACCGGGGGCUCACCGACACUCACCGACACUCACCGACGUUGGGAGGUGCAGCGGGGGAUGUUGGGAGGUGCAGCGCUGUCCCCGCGGGGAAUCCGUCGGUGAUCGGACGCCUGGCACGUGCUCUCAACUGCGAGGUGUUUGUGCUCGUGAGCUGGUGGUGACUUGCGACCCGGUUAAAUGAAAGGAAUUCAAUGAUCAAAGGAACCAUGAGGAGUUGAUUGAAACACACGACGUGAUUUUGUGUUGCAACUACAAAGGUGGAAUUUUAAAGAUUUGAAAAAAUAUAUAAAAUUCAGAUUGCGGUGUACGUGAUGAUCUUCAUGAGAAUUAAAUAAAUAUACUACGAAUGCAA